GGCCGAUUCUCUAUCCUUAUCUUCUCAAAUCCCUAAUCUUGUUCUUAAACCCUAAAUCCCAAUUCCACAAUCAGACCGAUAGAAUCCUAGAAACAGGUUCUAUCAUUUGGUAUCAGAGCCAUGAUCGACAAUCUGAGUUCGUCACAAUCACAACUCUCAAUCGAGGACCACUAUCGCGUGUGGCACGAGUGUCUUUGCAAGCUACAAACCCUCAUGGUCAAACAAGAUGCGGAAUGGGAGCGGAGAGACACAGAGUUCACACGACUCCUAUCCCUAAUUAGCAAAAGGGUCACCGCAGUUCAAUCACCACCUACGGCCGCGACAUCUCCUCUCCACGACGAGAAGAAAGACCAAACGGCUAUAGAGGAGCUGAUGGCGGCGGCGAUUCCAAUCUCACAAGAGACGAUGAACUGUGUCGGGACAAAUGAGAAAAGGGCGCUCGCUGCAGGUAUCCCAGCCGCUGCUCUAAACCAAGGAAAGGAGACUCCGGGCGCCACCGACAAAUAGCAGCCUCUGCCUACCACAGUCGCUGAGGUUUCCAAGACCGUAGGACCCUCGUUCGAGAAGGAAGGGGCGUAUGCGGGGGAGAAAAAGUUCGAUCUGAAGCUAGAGCUUACCUCUCAGGUCGCGGGGAGGCCCCACCGACCCCGGCGUUAGAGGAGUCAGUGAAGGUAUGUCCCAGAAGCCCUCUGCCUCCAAUGGUUAGUUCGCUGGUUCAGAAUGAAGGGGUCAAUUGGAAGUUUAGGAGGGGGAAGCUGGAUACGUGGGGUGAUGGCGAACCCCCGUCGCCGUUCAGGAAGGAAUCGUCGACGGAGAAAGAUACGGUGUAGGGAUCGCUGUAGAAGGGGAAGAGUGUGGCUGCUUCGAUCGACCAAUUGAAGACGGCAUUGGUGGCGGCUUCGACCGAAGGGAAGGCGCGUCCCGAGACAAGACUGGAAUUCCGCUCGUUGCGAGAGGAGAAGAUGCUACUGGAGUACUAGUGGAAGAAGAAAUCGGCGGUGACGUCGCCAUCCACUAGAAGGGAGAGAACCUCGACGAAAGAAGAAGCGGAGCUAUGGGAGGAAGGAGGAGGCGGCGCCACGUCUCUCUCCAACAAGAAGUCGCUACACGAGCUCCGAAUUGUGCGCGCCAUCGCGAAGCUGAGCGAGGAAGAGGGCGGCGUCUCUCUCUCUCUCUCCCCGAUUGAGGGCAAAACCCAGUUUCCAUUGAAGAGGAAUCCGUCGGGGAUGGAGAAGGACAUAGGUGGUGUUGAGCCUCCUCGCGCGUCGCUUGAGGGGGGGUAGAAGAAGAUGACGAUGGAGUCAAGGCCGGACGCAAGCCAGCCGCCAGGAUGGUCGCCGAUCUUCUCGCCGUCGGAGGAAGAAGCUGAGGUGUCGGCGAUUGAGAAGAAGCAGGGCGGCGGGGAUGUCUCUGCUGCCUCAUACCUUGGGUCUCCUAGGGUUACACGAGCAGAUGAUAUGCCAUGGGGAUCCCGAUUGGGUCGGAAGUUCAAGGUCAAGUGGGCAGGAGGCCAAUGAAAGUGGGCCGUAGAGGCUUGUGGUGCUGCUUGGAGAAGAAGAAGAGGUCCAUUGGGUUUGAAUUGGACCAGUGGAGCCGGGUCAGGGGUGCUGAUGGCCAGAAGAGUGGGCUAAAGUUGAGGAGGACCUGGGCCGAGCAAGAGGGUAGUCUCGGGCCCCAAAUGGGUUGGUGACUCCAGUGGAAUGGGCCGAAGAGGAAUCAGGCCAAGUUAGGGUCAGACUAUGGGCCGAGAUUGGAGGAGAAGCAGGUUGAGAAAGAGUUUUUUUGUCGGUUGAGUCUUAUGGAUUGAAUUGGGCUCAGGGUGGGCUGUUCUUUGAAGAACAUGGGUUUGGAUGAAGAAAAUGGUGGUUUAAUGAGUGGGCAGUUGGGCUUUAGAAAGAGCAGAGCCCAAAAGCAAUUAGAGAGACAUAAAGGCAAGUUUAUGGGCUUUCUUCAAUAAAACCUUUUGAAGGCCUUGAUGAAUUGGUUCUUAAGGAUAGGUACUUGUGCUAUAAAGCACAUUCGGAUUCCUUAAGCUACUAGAUUGUGGCGCCAACGAAAAAGAAGUUGUUGGGAAAGGAAGAAAAGAGUGGAUCCUUAAAGUCAAUGUUCCUUGGCCAGUUUGCAAGAGUAAUCGCGAGAUCAACAAUGCGAGUCCUCAUACCGGAUUGGAAGAAAAGGAAGCGCAAGAAGCGGUUGAGACGACACCUGGCCGGAACAAGGAGAGUGGAGGAGUGGGAUAAGUCGGUCAACCUUGAGGACAAGGUUGGUCUCAAGGGGGAGGGGAUGAUAUAAACCUACUUUCCACGGGUUUCUAUUAUAAUUACCACAUUCAUAUUAUAGAUAAUUAUUAGAAUAAAUAAUUACUUGGUGG